CCUGAACCAUGACUGGCCGCGGCAAGGGAGGCAAGGGACUCGGAAAGGGAGGCGCCAAGCGUCACCGCAAGGUUCUUCGAGACAACAUCCAGGGCAUCACCAAGCCGGCCAUCCGUCGUCUGGCGCGCCGUGGCGGUGUGAAGCGCAUCUCCGGGCUCAUCUACGAAGAGACCCGUGGUGUGCUCAAGGUGUUCCUGGAGAACGUCAUCAGGGAUGCCGUCACCUACACUGAGCACGCCAAGCGCAAGACCGUCACCGCCAUGGACGUGGUGUACGCCCUCAAACGCCAGGGCCGCACCCUGUACGGCUUCGGUGGUUAAUGCCGCUGCCUGAGCGAGCCCGACCUAACCCACCCACCCCGGACCUCUUUGAGGUCCACA